AUGGAUCAACCACAAGCGAAACGCCAACGUGUGCAUACUGGGACAAUGGAGCAUUGUCAAUAUUUCGUGAAAAGAAAAAAAAGAUACUGCAGGAUGACUGUGAAGAAAGGGAAUAAAUUCUGUGGUGAACAUAUGGAGGUUUCUGGGGAAAUCACUGUGCAUGAGAAGAAAAAAAGGAUCGCCUGUCCCAUUGAUAGCUCACACACCUGCUAUGAAUCGAGACUGGAGCAACAUUUGAAGGUCUGCAAUGCCAAGAAGAUGAUUGACGCUAAACCAGCGUACAUUAUUGAUGGAAUUAAUAGGGGAGACGUGCUGGAGAAUCCCAAACAUGUUUCUCUCAAUUUACUUGAAGAAAGUGUUGUUGAGUCAGUUAUCAGGAGGGUGGAAGCUGCGUAUGUCGAUUUACCUGAAGUUGAAGAGCUCAUCCUCCAGCAUGAAGUCCUCGACUCUGAAGUGAACAGUCCAGUUUACGGAAACAAUACUAGAAAGCAUUUGAUACAGAAUUCAUCGCUUCUGGGGCACAUUAAUCGGGCGGGAUUGGCACGAGAAGAUACUUGCUUCAUUGAAUUUGGAGCUGGGAAAGGCAAAUUGACGUAUUGGUUGGCUCAAAUGCUCAAAACGACAAAUAAUAGCACAGUCGUUCUGGUGGAUCGUUCUAGCCAUCGAAAUAAAAAUGACAACAAACUGAAGAACGACGAAACAAACGUGAAUACUAUUCGCAUCCGCGCAGACAUUGCCGAUCUUGCAUUGAGUAGAAUUCCAGAAAUCAGCAGCAUCAAACACAAAGUUGGAAUUGCCAAGCAUUUAUGCGGAGCUGCUACAGACUUGACCAUACGAUGUUUAUCACGUCUCAUAGUAGAAGACAUAAAUACUCAAGUAUCUGGUUUAGUAAUAGCCUUUUGCUGCCAUCAUAGAUGUGACUAUGCUUCAUACGUAGGGAAAGAUUACCUCAGAACGUGUGGUUUCACUGCCGAUGAAUUUCCUAUUCUAUGUAGUAUUGCCAGCUGGGCCACUUGUGGCACUGGGAAAAAUAGAGAUGCACUGACUGACCCCACGGUGAAUGCUUACAAUUACAGUCACGAGGAAAAAUUGAAAAAGAGAGAGUCUCUGGGAAAGAAAGCCAAGGCGUUGUUGAAUUGGGGUAGGAUAGAGCACCUGAAGACCCUCGGAUUUCACAGUAAUUUGUACUAUUAUACCACUCCGCAAGUCUCCUUGGAGAACGUAUGUGUAAUAGCCACUCGAAAAUCAGUGAGAGCCCCCUAAAACUAGAUUAAGUCAAGUACUCGAUCAAGUAAAUAAAAAUUAUCAUCUUAAA